UUUUAAUUGCCCCUUCCUUUCUUUCAAUCUAUCUUUAUCUUCUCUUCUCCACCGCAUCCUCUUUUCUCUCUCUUCUUCUUCUCCGGCGAGCCACCGUCGGUGCCGGAAAAUCAAGCUUUUCCGAUCAGAUUCCGGCAAUCUUUCUUCUAAUCGAAUUGCUUCUCCAGAAAUUUUCUCUAUUUGUGUUUUUUGGGUAAAAACUAACCUAAAUCACUAACUUUUAUUCUAUUUAUCAUUUCCUUCCAUUUUUACCCUUCUAUUUUCCAAUUAUUAUCAACCACGUCCUCAUCAAAAUAAUUAAACUUUGACGUGGCAUGCAUCCAACGAGUCAUGAGCACUUCCACUAUGAUGAGCAAUCAGCACCGUAGAUUCCCAACUCCUGGUUUUGUGGACCCCACUUUUAAGAAACGUAAGGAGAGAGAAAGUGAUGGUUUUGAAACCCUAAAGCCAGCCAAGCCGAUAUCAUCUAGACCCGGCUCGAUCAUUCCGGUUUGCCCCAAGAACCAGCUCCUAGCUGGCUAUCUGGCUCACGAGUUUUUGUCUAAAGGGACCUUGUUUGGACAGGAGUACGAUCCGGCUCGAUCUGGAGCUGCGUCGAAUUCGAGCCGGGUUAAGAUGGCAGCUGGGAAAGCCGAGCCGGAGGUGGAGAGAAAUGAGAAUAAAAAUAAAAGGUAUGCUGAAGUAGCGGAUCUAUUGAAAACUGAUGAGGCCCAUUUACCAGGUAUUGUUAAUCCGGCCCAAUUAGCUCGAUUCCUUCAGCUCUGAUCUGGAGGCCCAAAUUAUUUUCAACUACAUCCCUGCACCUGCACACAGGAAAUUCCUUCUCUCUCUUUCUUUAAUCUAUAUUUAUAUAUAUAUAUUUCUCCUUGGAAGAUUUUUGUAUUUUAUUAUAUAUUGCAUGUAAUGCACAUCUUUUCUUGAUAAACUAACUCAUGUGUUUCAUGUUUCAAUUUGGAGAAUUUUAAAUUACACCUUUU